UGAAUAAUUGUCCCAUUUUUUCGAUUUCUCCCAAUGUUAUGAGACUAUGUUGAUACUUAAAAAAACAACAACUGGCAACAGGAACCUCUAUGCAAGUAUGUUUGUGUUAGUGUAAAAGGAUUAGUGGAGUUCACACCUGGUUGCAUCCCACCGGCACCCAUAUAACAGUCCAGACAGCCCCACCCCUUUCUUCAUAAAUACACAACACUUUCCUCCUCCCUUUAUGUCCUCCACGUCUCUCGUUCUCAUUCUUCACUCCUGAAGUUGACUCCCGAUCAGCAGAGAGAGAAAGAAAGAGAGAAAGCGAGUACAGUUUGUGUAUUAUGGCUCAGUCUCAGAGUUGGACUCAAAACAUGGGCACCUAUUACUCCCUCGUUCGUAGGAGAUUUAAGAGAAGACGCAAAAAACGCUCGGAACGAAAAGGGAUCAUCAGCAAGGCCAUGAAUGAAGGAGUUGGUGGGCGACCCAGAGGGCAGAAGUUUUUCAGUCUGGGUGCAGAUGUAGACAUGAGUUCGUGUCGAAUGGACGUUAAAGAAAACCGCAACCUGGAUAACCUCUCCUCAAAGGAGGGGCUGGUUGAGGGGCAUCACUUAGCCAAUAGAAGCGCACGAGGAAUAAGCAGAAAACGUCCUCUGGAAGAGGGCAACAGAGGUCACGGCCACUCCAAGUUCAGGUCCAAGAAACGCAAGAAAACCCAAGGGCCUGUCUUGCCCAAAAAUGCUCUCAUGCAACUUAAUGAAAUCAAACCGGGCCUACAGUACAAGCUCACGUCUCAGACAGGGCCCGUGCACGCGCCCGUGUUCAUUAUGAUGAUCGAAGUUAACGGACAGUUGUUCGAGGGCUCGGGUCCCACCAAGAAGAAAGCCAAAUUGAACGCUGCGGAAAAAGCUCUACGCUCUUUUGUUCAGUUUCCUAACGCGUCUGAAGCUCACCUCGCGAUGGGUCGCACCCUGACGGUCAAUGCGGACUUUACAUCCGACCAGGCGGAUUUUCCAGACAUGCUGUUUAACGGAUUCGAGACCCCGGGACCGACGGACGACCCGUUUUACUUGAGUCUGAGCAGCAAUGGCGCUCUCCACUCCAUAAACAAAUACCCUCUGCCCGUGACUCCUAACAACAACAAAAUGGCACGUCAACCCCUCACACCACCUUUGGCUCUAACAGCACCCCCUACAGGCAGCGGCAAAAACGCAGUAAUGAUCUUAAACGAGCUUCGCCCGGGACUGAAGUACGAAUUCGUGGCGGAGAGCGGCGAAAGCCACGCUAAGAACUUUGUGAUGUCCGUUACCGUGGAUACGCAGAUUUUCCAAGGUUCCGGGAGGAAUAAGAAGCUGGCGAAGGCGAGGGCGGCCCAGGCGGCGCUAUCGGGACUGUUCAACAUGCAACUAGACCAAACGCCAUCUCGGCAGCCGAUCCCAAGAGAUGGACUGCAGCUACACUUGCCUCAGGUGCUUGCGGACGCCGUCUCUCGAUUAGUCGUGGAAAAGUUCCGCGAGCUAACGGACAACUUCACCUCCCCACAUGCACGGCGAAAAGUCCUGGCGGGUGUCGUCAUGACAACAGGCACGGAUGUGAAGGAUGCCCAGGUGAUCUGCGUUUCCACGGGAACCAAAUGUAUAAAUGGAGAGUACAUGAGCGAUAGAGGCCUGGCCCUGAACGACUGCCACGCUGAAAUCAUCGCUCGACGAUCCCUCAUCAGAUACCUUUAUAGUCAACUGGAAUAUUUUCUCAGUGACAGACCCGAGGAUCAUGAGAAAUCCAUAUUCAGAUGGUGCAGCGAACACGGCUACCGGCUAAAAGACAACAUUCAGUUUCAUCUGUAUAUCAGCACGUCACCCUGCGGAGACGCCCGGAUCUUCUCACCCCACGAGGCUGGUGCUGAAGACCAAGGUGACCGGCAUCCAAACCGCAAGGCACGCGGACAGCUGCGAACCAAAAUCGAGUCCGGAGAGGGAACGAUACCGGUACGCACAAGCAACACUAUUCAGACCUGGGAUGGAGUCUUGCAGGGAGAGAGAUUGCUAACCAUGUCGUGCAGCGACAAGAUCGCCAGAUGGAACGUGAUUGGAGUGCAGGGGUCUCUUUUGAGCUAUUUCACCGAACCCAUCUACUUCUCUAGUUUAAUCCUGGGAAGCCUGUACCAUGCUGACCACCUGUCCAGAGCCAUGUACCAGCGUAUCACUGACAUAGAUGACCUGCCCCAGCCUUUCAACAUUAACAGACCCCUGCUCAGUGGCAUCAGUAACACAGAAGCACGGCAGCCUGGUAAAGCUCCGAACUUCAGUGCCAAUUGGACAGUUGGUGAUCAGGGAUUGGAGAUCAUUAAUGCCACCACAGGGAAAGAUGAUCUGGGACGCCCCUCACAUCUCUGUAAACACACCCUGUACAGCCGCUGGAUCUCUCUGCAUGCCAAGCUUAACAAGACUCUAAGGAUCCCAGGAUUUCAGCCCAGCACGUAUCACGACGCAAAGCAAGCGGCCUCGGACUACCACACGGCCAAACAAACUCUCUUUAAAGCUUUCUACAAAGCAGGACUGGGUGCAUGGGUGGAAAAACCCAUCGAACAAGACCAGUUCGCCCUUAACCCUUGAGGUGAACCAAGAGAGAAAAUGUGAUCUUUUUGGUUGGAGAUACGUUGAACGUUUUACCCUUUAUUAUUAUUACAAACUUUUAUCUGUUCAUAACAUGUAUGAUGGGUCCAGAAUGACCUAAACACUUGUUUGGGUUAAACUAACCCAGCAAGGUGAGUUGCAUGAUUUUAUUUUGACUAGUAUGCUGGCUUAGUUUUACUUAAAAACAAAAUGGUUAUUUCAUUUUUUUACAGCAAUUUGUAAAAUGUUAUUUAUUAUAUACAGUAUAGAGCAAACAGUAUAUACUGUAUAUAUUUCAUGAUAGAAAUCAUGCAUCAUAACUGACUCAAGCACAACAACCAGCACAUAGGCUACACAUAAAAAAAGAAUAAUAACCCAGCAAAAUUAAAUUAACAAGUGUAGUUUUUUUUUCAGUUUAAAUUAUGUGUAGUUUGGUUUGUGUACAUUUUUUACAAAUUUUUUAUCACUCAGUUGUUUGUUUCAUCUUAAGAAUGUCAUAGUAUUUUGUUGAAAAACAAUAAAAGCAUUAUGACCCAAAAAAACCCUUACAAAAAGUAAACCUUUGUACUUUUAGUACUUCAUAUUAUAGUACCUCAGUAGUAGAGGUCUUCUCGGGGUUCAAAGAAAUGUACACGACCCGAAAUGACCUGAAUCACUUUUUAUCGAACCUGACGUGCAUACAUUUUUUGUUUUUUAAAAGAAAGACCCGACCCAAACCAGUGGCAAUUUUUUAACCUGACUGGACCCGAAUGUAACAGCACUGACGUUGUUUUCCAGUCCUUUGUGAUUGACUCGACUUCACCCGCAAAGACACAUUUUCUAUGUUGUAUAAGCCUGUAAAACUAUAAAAUUAUGUUUAUUCACUAUUUAAGUUUUGUUUAUAAAUUCUGUGACUUUUUUAAGCCCGGAAAUCAAAAUAUUAAAAUGACCUGAUUUCCGGUUGACCUUGGGAACCUAUUUUCUCCAUUUGUUCACUUUGUUAAAUAUCUGCUUAACUUUACAUAAACCACAUAGCUAAAUGUACAUUAUUUAUGUAAAAUUACUCAGUAGUACACUGUAAAAAAUACUUUGCUGCCUUAAAUUUUU